AUGGGCGGCCACGGGGGUCUCAACAUUCUGCCGCAAAAGCGCUGGCACGUAUACAGGGAUGACAACCGUCUGCGGGUUCUUCGGGAUGAGAGUGCCUUCCAAGCUGCAGUGGCAGCCGAGCGCCAGCAGCAGCAGCGUCGAGUCCUUACGGAUGUCGUCAUUCGGCUGAAGCGCAGGAAGCAGGCGGCAGCGACGGAGACAGAGGCCGACGCAGCAGAAGAGACAGCAGCUCCAGCGGCCUCUCGCUCUGCAGUAGCAGCGGGUUCUGCUGCUUUGCAGGCUUGUACGGAGGAGAGAGCUCUUGACGAGCUUCAGCGAGGGGCACUUGAUGCACGGGUAGGCGCUGCGAGAGGGUCACAACAGAAAGCCUUACGCGAAGCUUUCGGCAUGCCUGCAGCGGGUUUAUCGACCGAUGCAGACACAGCUUCUGUCGGGGGGGGGGCCUUGCAGCCUCUACCCCGCAAUGUGGCGCGUGCGACGGCGGCUUUCACGAGGCAAGAAGUGCAGUCGCUCGAAAGGCUGCCAGCAUUCGCCUCUGCAGCAAGCCGCCCGACGUGCACCGACAGAAACUCUGAGGGUCCAACCCUGGCGAGGCCUCUGACUGCACGUGGAGGCCGUGUUGGUCCUCUAGGUCGCUCAGGCGAAAGGCAUUUGAACUUCUUUGCCGAGGCAGAACGGCUCGUGCAGCGGCACGACAAGGAGCGGGAAAAGUACAUGCUGCAGGCGGGGCACAGCAACAGCCGGAGGAGCGAGUUCUCUGAAAUCGCGAGGGAAAUGAAGACGCUGUGGUAUGAGCAAGAACUGCCUUCAAACAGAAUUGCGAGGGAAGCGAGGGAAAUGAAGGAAGCCUCGGGUAGCGGCGGCAGUGCCAGCAGCAACACUUCUCAUGUAGUGGAAGCAGCUGCGGCAGAAGCCAUGAGACGCAUGAGGGCCUUGCAGCAAGGCCCUCAUGCGUCUCUUAAUGAGGGCCCCCCUGUAGCGCCUACCGCGGCUUUGCAGCAUCAGGGGGACGCCAGGGAGGAGGCAUGCGUAAGCGUGAGCUCGGAGAGCAGUGACAGCGAAGUAUGCAUUGUGGAAGAGCGAACUGCGAAGGAUACGCCAGACAGCGAGACCUACAGCACCAGCAGGAAGGCGGGAAAGAAGAGGAAAAGGAAGGGCCUCUCUGCGCACUCAGACACCGAGAGUCGCAAAGAACGAAAACUUUUGCGACGAAUGAAACGGAAAUGGAUGCUGCAGGCUCUUGAGCUGCAGACGAGGGCAGAAGCAAUGGGCCAGCAAGCAGGGGACCCUGGCUCGAAUUGA